AUGCCACCAGCAAAGAAGCUAACGCAGGCGCAAAGGGAGAUCCUGGCCCUGUAUCGAAGGGGUCUGCGUAUGAUCAAGACAAAGGAGCAGGAACACCGCAGAGACUUUACCAUCUACUUGCGCUACUUUUUCAAGCACCCUUCAUGGGGAGGCGGUCUACGUAGAAGAGACUUUUCGCAGAUCGAGUACCUGCAGCGAAAGACAGCAAGGCUGCUCGAAACGACGUUUGAACCCAAGUCGGUCAAGCACAUCAAACUUCCCAAGGACAUCGAGAAAGACAUGCAAGAACUUGGCCAGGCACAUUGGAGGCGGGCAUUUCGGCAUGCUAGCUCAACAGCAGCUUCUUCAUCCACCCCUUCCUCAUCAACAAUACCCUCUUCAGAUUCAAAGUGA